UUAUGGGUCAAAAUCGGAGUCAAAACGGUCAAGAUAUCUUGAAAGUUGUGCAAGAUGCAUUAGCUCGCUUCUCGAGGCCAUUACUUUUGAUCCAACCGUUGGAUUUCGAAUUUCUUUAGUUUUCCGGAUACUACACAUCUAGACCUUUUCAAAAAAACCAAGAUGAACCCAAUCCAAGCUUGGGAAGGCCUCCAUCAAGACAUUACAAGUUGGCAGCCACAAAGGGGCUGCUUGAGCUGAAAAGUCACUUUUUGCCAAUAAAUAUUAAAUAUCCCAAAGCCCCUCGAGAUUGAAAAAAAUGAAAAAAUCAGGCAUUUUGGAGCUGGGUUCUUGGCAGAUUCUCUCUCUUUUCUAUACAUUUCUCUCCCAAAAACAUAUCAAAAAACUUUUGAUUCCUCUCUUUUCUCAAUAAUCAAGAGGUAGUGUUAUUACACUCUUUUCACUCUCUUUUUCGUCUUAGGACCUUAGAUUUGAGGUUUAAAGGGUGUAGAUUGUAGAUUGUAGAUUUGAGGUUUCUUAGCUUUUUCUUGCUUUAUCUUUCUUCUUAGCAUGUUCUAUAGUUUUCCAAUCAUGUCUACUUGCUUUUUACCAUGUUUUAAUGCUUUCAUGAUGUUGGCUUAGCCUUCUUGGGAUAGGAUAUGCCUAAAUAUUGUGUUUCUGCUUAGAUCCAUGUGUUUAUGUGCUUUUUACCAUGUUCUUGCUUGGAUCCAAGUGUUUAUGUGCUAUGUAACAUGUUUGUGCUUAGAUCUACUUGUUUGUGUUCUUUGCCAUGCUUUUGGUCAAAUAUAUAUCUUUGUGUGCUCCUUCCCAUGUUCAUGUGUCUAGAUCUACAUGUUAGUUAUUGUGCCAUGUGCUUCUAAAGCCUUUCUAUCUCUUGUUAUCUCCCUUUUCUUGUGUUUUAGCCCUUUUGGUAGGGUAUAGAUCUAGAUUUUGUGGUCUAGGCCCAUAUUAAAGGGUUUGGCUCAUUUCCUUUAUGCAUGUCUAUGUAUGCUUGCUUGCUUCUAUGCUUUAUGUCCAUGUUUGUCUGUCUAGAUCUAGGUUUCCCCAUGCUUUGUGCCUUCCGUGGAUUUGUGCUUGUCGGUCUUUAGGGCCACUUGCUUGUGUGGUUGUACCCAUCCCUUUUGUAGAUUGUUUGGGUGUGAUCACUUGUGAGAUACACCUCUGUGGUAUUGGUGUGCUUGAUACACACCUUUCUCUGCUCCGUGCAAUGUUGUUAUGCUUGCCUUUUUGGUUUUGUGUCACCCGUUUAGCUUUCUUUGAUUCUUUGCCUCUUUGCACUCUUGCUUACAUGUUCAUGCAUGAGUCUGUGUGUCAUCCAUACUCCAAUCUCAUGGAACUAUGGACACCUGAUCCAAACCUACAUUUGUCCUUCUAGGAAACCCUCUUUUGUUUGAUAACAUGUUUGUUUGCCCCGUUUGGCAUCUUUUGCUGGCUUGUCUUUUAGCAUGCUUUCCUUCUAUUUGUUUCUUUGCUUGUUUGCUGACUUAUUUCUUUUGUCAUUGCAUGUACACGCAUGGAGCAUGGACACUUGGAGCAGGGGUGCAACCUCCUAGGUGCAAGCAAAAGGAUACAAAAUGCAGUGUCUACACCAAACAUGAACAAUUAGGGCAAAUAGUUCAAGAUCUUACCUUUGAAAAGUAUGAUGAAGGAAAAAGGAAGCUAAGGUACACAAAGGAAUUUAGGACAGGAAGCCCAUGCAAAGGCAAGUCAAAUGAUGUUACUAUUAUUCAUGCUCACAAUGGACCAAGAGAGCUAACCCCACUGGGCAUGCCUUUGUCGAAAGCAUUCAAGGAUUUAUCAAGCAAAGAAAUUAUGAAGCCAUUGGAUCUUGGUAGAUAUACUCCAAAUAUCUCUUCUCCAACUUGCUUUGCCAACGAGUAUUGUGAGUACCAUCAAAGCAAAGGUCACUAUAUGGAUAAAUUUGCUCGUCUUCAUUAUGAGAUUGAAGACCUUAUCAAAUCAAAGAAGAUUACAAAGCCACAUAUUGGAAAGAAUUCUCUCCAAGAAUGUCAUGUUGUGCCUCCCCCUAAUUGGGGUUGAUUGAUCAAGAAGUUUAGUCUUGUUAUUUCAAUUCAGAAAUGUCUUUGUUAUUUCAAUUCAAGUAUGUCUUUCAAUUAAGUUAUUCUUUCA